CCUCACGGCCACGCACGAACAGCGCGGUCACAGACGCGGUUAACGGGGCACCAGCCACCCCCUCGCUCGCAAAAGAGCUUCCCCACCGCCGCGGCCGGCCAGCCCCGCGCAUGCGUGCCUGCUAGCGCAAGCGCGAUCCCUCGUCACCGCCUCGGCGGAGCGGUGUGAGGUCGCCCCGGAGCCUGCUGGGGCUUGUCGGGCCGCGGCCGCCGCGCCCGGCUGCCCACCGACCCCGCCCCGCUUCCCGCCGGGCAGCGCCCAUGCGUCGGGCGGUUGCGGCCAAAAUCCUUCUGUUUGGAUUCUGAACUAUGACAUCAUGGCAAGAUUUCGCAGAAGAACAUGCAUCAUUUUGUUGCUUUUUAUUUUGUUUAUUUGCUCCAUAAUGAUGGCUUUGAAGACUCUGAGACCUGACAGAGCUGGUUUUGGGGAUCCAUUUGGACUUGGUUUGUUGCCCGAGCUUCAACAACGGACGGUGCUCUUAGACAGUAAACAGAAUUCACUGAACAGGGUUCAAGCAGAUCCUGUGACGCGUGUCAAUAAUUUGCAUAGUAUCGCAGUCAAUACUAUGAAAGCAUCUCUGCCUCCUGUCAACAAGCUGGAAGAAGAGCUGUCUUCUCCAAAUUAUAACUUUCACAUAUUCUACUAUAGUUGGUUUGGGAAUCCACAGUUUGAUGGUAAAUAUAUUCACUGGAACCAUCCAUUGUUGCCACAUUGGGAUCCCAAAAUUGCAAACAAUUAUCCAAAGGGAAGACAUAAUCCCCCUGAGGACAUCGGGGCCAACUUUUACCCUGAACUCGGAUCUUACAGUUCCAAAGACCCUUCUGUCAUAGAAGCCCACAUGAAACAAAUGCGUUCAGCUUCAACUGGUGUAAUAGUGCUUUCAUGGUACCCACCAGGUAUGGCUGAUGAAAAUGGAGAACCAACUGAUGAUUUGGUGCCCGUUAUUUUGGAUUAUGCACACAAGUAUAGUCUAAAGGUCACUUUUCAUAUUGAACCUUACAAAGAUAGAGAUGAUCGCAGUAUGUACCACAAUGUCAAAUACAUAAUUGACAAAUAUGGAGGCCAUCCAGCCUUUUACAGGCAUAAGACCAGCACAGGCAGAUUUCUUCCCAUGUUUUAUGUUUAUGAUUCUUACGUAACAAUUCCCGAAAUAUGGGCAAAUCUGUUAACUGUUUCUGGAUCCCAGACUAUUCGAAAUACUCCGUAUGAUGCGUUAUUCAUUGCACUUCUUGUAGAAGAAAGACAUAAGCAUGACAUUCACAGAAGUGGCUUUGAUGGAAUGUACACGUACUUUGCCACCAAUGGCUUCUCCUAUGGCUCAUCUCAUCAUAACUGGGCAAGUUUAAAAGCCUUUUGUGAUAGCAACAACUUAAUGUUUAUUCCAAGUGUGGGGCCAGGGUAUAUUGAUACCAGUAUCCGACCGUGGAACAACCACAACACUCGUAAUCGCGUCAAUGGGAAGUACUACGAGACUGCCUUCAGUGCGGCCCUUUUGGUGCGACCAGAAGUUAUUUCUAUUACGUCGUUUAAUGAAUGGCAUGAGGGCACUCAGAUUGAAAAAGCUGUCCCCAAACGGACUGGACAGAUGGUUUACCUUGAUUAUAAGCCACAUAAACCAAAUGUUUACCUAGAGCUUACUCAGAAGUGGUCUGAGAAGUACAGAAAAGAACAAGAACAGUGGCUUAUGUGAGCUGUUGCUGCUGCAGUUAUUUCCUAACACAUUGAGUACAUUGACAAACUGAAAGUUGGAAAGUCUGUUAUUAAAUGUCUUUAUAUUUUAUCUCUUGAAUGUAUAUGCACUACUACUGAAUUUGAAUUUUGAACAGUGAAAAGAUAAGAAUAUUGGCAUUUCUGUCUUAUUGGAUAUUGUAGUUCAAGAAUAUUCAGGGAAAAUGCUGGGGUUUGUUUGUUUGUUUUUUAAACUUGUUGACUUGCAUGCUGAGCUUCCAGAACAUCUGCAUGAGAUAAUUUUACAUGACUAAAAUAGAAGAAAAAUUUGGCAUAGUUAUACUUACUUCCUUUAUUCUUGUAGUUGUGUUUCUAAUCAAAGUAAUGCUGUAAUCUAUAUUUUUAUCCUGAUAGCUUCUUGCAGGAUGUGUGUCUGUAGUGUGUGGAAUAAUCUGCAUUUACUGUUUUUAAUGCUUUGCACACAAGUAAUUCUUAACAUCCAGUUAGCUUGUGGUUAAAACACUGAAGAGGUAUGUGUGAUGCAAAACUAGUGUGUUUUGUUAAAAAAAAAAAAAAAAAAGAAAUAAAAAAAUUUGAAAUAUCAAGUUCCAAAAAAACAGUGAAAGAUUUCUAGUUUACUUCAAUUUGUUCUGUUUGGUACAUGGUACAGCAUAAUUUUUUCUGUGUUACUUUAAAUUUUUUUUAAAAAGUGUUUGAAACUGAGAGUGAAAGAGACUUUUUUUGACAUGCAAAAAAUAUGCUGAAGUUUCCAUUGUUAUGUUUUUCUGCUAACUGACUGCAGUCACAGAUCUAGUGUGUUUUUAAAAAUGUUUGUGUGUUUUUAAAAAUGUUUAAGGAUUGGAAAGCUAAUGUCUUACUAGUACUACAAUAAUUAAAUUUUAGGAACUUCUUUUUUGUUUUAGGAACAGUCUAGUUUCGCAGCAAUGACAGCAACUACCCGUUAGUUUGUUUUGAAAUCUGAUUUUUCUGUUUUCAUAUAAUUCAUCUAGUUGUUCCAGCAUUCAGAACAGUAGAUACAAAAACCCUCUUAUCGUUCAGAUAAGCUCCCUACCAACAUUACCUUUAAGCCUGUGUUGUGGCUGGAAACGAGUACUUUCAGAUCUAAGAGUCUCACCUUUAAUAAUGUUGUGAUUAUUAACUGUUUUUCUUAAUGCAGCUUGAAACUAUCAAGUUCCAUGGAUGUGUUUCCUCAGCAAUCCUUUUUUUGGUAUUUUCAUGCAACUUCAUAGAAAAGUCCUCAACUUUUGAAUAGUAGAAAUUGCAGUGUUCUGUUUAUUUGCAGCAAGUGUUUAAUCUCUAGCUUUCCUUAGUUGUUUGGUUUGGAUUUUUUUUAUUUAUAUACAAGGUGCUGUUCCUGUGGUUUAUUUCAGAUGCUGGAACUGUUGUGACCACUAGAAUUCCACUGUUUUCAGCAGGACCCAAGGAAAUUACACUCUUUAAUCAGUUCUCACAGUAAUCUUCUAUGAAGUUGUAAGUGAAUGUGAGGACUUCCGGUUAAAAAACCAAAAUAGUAUGUUUUUUUCCAGAAACCUUUGUCAUUCCAAAUAAAUAUAAGCCAGUUACUACUAAUACUUUCUAGAGUCUUUCUGGUAUGAAAAAGCUUCGUUUAUGUAUCUUUCACUUAUUUACGGUUUAAUUCUCUUGUCAUUUCUCUGCAGUUGCUAGAGAGAUGAGGUGUCAUAUAAUGCCUUCAGCUGCUUGAAAAAAAAUACAGAAAUUGGGUGACAGAUAUAUAACCUGGCAUGUUGAAGUGCAUCUCUAGAGCUAUUGUAGUCUUACUAAUAUUUCUUCAUAACUUUUUGCAUUUUCCUGCUGCAUUUCUGCAAACUCCAAAGUGCUUCUGAAAUAAAUGUUUUCUAAUGCUUAUUUUGAUUUAUUUAGGCUCAAAUGGAUAAACUGAAGUGUAGUAUAGGUAUGACCACAGUCAUAAAAUAAUGUCUGAGACGUAUGAAGCGCUUGCUAGACUGUUACCACUUCUAAGUUAACCACUCAAUCCCUUUAUUAAGGAAACUGAUUUAUAUGUUUUUAUUAUAAAUCCCCUAAAUAGCUGUACAUAAUUUGUUUUUAUAAUGCGUUAAAUGUUUAUGCUUGUACAGCCUGAAGAGCCCAUAUAUUUAUUUUAAAUGUAAGGGAAUUAUUGAAAUUUUGCAUAUAAAUAUUUCAUGUGUUAUAAAAAAAAACCUUCUGAGGGCAAAACUUUUGAAAGGAUAAGUAUCUUUGUUUUCCAUUUGCUUAAACUUUUGUCAUCUACUGGUCUUUCCUCACUGUAGUUGUCUGAGCACUUUACUAGUCUUGACAACCUUGCACUCAGUUUUCAGCUCAUUACUUUCUGCCAGUGGCAGUUUAUUUUCUCUGUGACUAAAACAGUUGCUCCUUUUGUUGCUGUUUAUAGAAACAUUUGACAUGUGUUGCAGAGUAUUGUACAACUGAGGUGAUCUGUCUUGUUUAAAAUAUAAUUAAUGGUAACAGUGUAAUGGAUCUUCAUUACUUGGAAAAGACGUCUCUAAUUACUAUAAAGGUAUCAUUUAGUCCUUGCCAUAAAGUGGUGUCACACUGGUGUCUGAUGGGAUUUUUAGAAGAAUGUACAGAAUUUCCGUUAGAAAAUAAUGAAAAUUAAGUGCCUAGAAAUUCAUUGCCCCUCAGCACUUACUGAAUUUUUAUGUGCUUGGUGUAUUUUAAAAUAUAAAUAUGUAACCUGAUAAAAUAUUUCAGAGUUUAAAAUUUAAUUUGAUGAUUCUAUAGAGAGUUGAUGGAAUAGCAGCUACUAGAACUACCCCACCUGCCUGCCCAAUACUUUCUCUGUACUUAAAUAUUAGUGCUAUUUCUUGUUACAGGGAAUGGAGGAUUUUGCUGAUAGACUGCUACUGCAGUUGUGAUAGUUUUUGGAAAUUUGAAUAAAAAUAGGUCUGUUGGAGAGGAUUUGUAGGAAUGCAAAGGAAUUAGAUUGUUACAAGUGCACAGUUACUGCAGUGAGAGAGGAGAAAAGUGAAUGUAUUUACAAGGCGAUUGCUCCAAGCUUUACAGUUACAGUAAAGAAAAAAAAAAUACUUCAGUGUGCAACCAAAAUUAGGAGGGGAGGAGGAGUAUUAUGAGUUUCAGAUCUGAAAUGGAGCUUAAGAAAUGUCUGGAUCCUAUUUCCAAUUGGCUUCAAACCCCUAUUAUUUCAUGACUAAUUGAAAAAAAUAUUGUAAUGAUUACUCUUAAUAUUUUUACACUGAUUAACUGCAUUUGACCCAUCUUUUUAUAGUAUGUUAUAGUACUGUGAGUUAUGUACUGCAUUUAUAUAGAUUAGGCAAGAAACACUAUGGGAAGUUUGAAUACAGAUUGUGCUAUGCUGUGCUUCUGCAAAUAUAGAAAUACCUGAAGUUAUUGAUCACAUACUGAGUAUCCCUAGAGGGUAAAUGGUUUCUGAGACAACUAGCAAGUCUUUGUGGGAAAAGAGAACUUAUUUUUAAAAGAAAAUCUAUAGGUUCAUUUCUGCUUCUGUCAGUUGUUACCAAGUAAAUUCUUUCAGUUUGGUGACCUGUCUGAAGCUUAAUACAUCAUCUCUGAAAUAAUAAUCUCUAUUAAAUCUUGUAUAGUAGUGCAUGUUUCUCAGAUCUAUAACCUUGUACUGAAUUUUGAGGGAAAGAAUGCGUGCAUAUGCUGUUACUAUUUCAGUGGCAAGUUGCAGAUUAUUGUGAAUGUAGUUUCGUAUUGAUUUUCAUCAUGUUUGUCUAGUGCCUUUCUUUCAAGGUGCCAAUGAUGUGUCUCCUAAGAGGUGGUUGGAGCAGAAGGGUCUUCAGUGAACUCAUUUUUAUUAGGAACCUUGCACUCUGCAUAGUUUGAAUUAACAUGUUUUACACAUGGCUCUCGGGUUUUCUUGAGAACAUUUCACAGGACUGUUUUCAGCACUGUGUUGCUAGUAGGAAAAUGUGUCUCUGGGCACAAGGACAAGGACAUACUGUACUUAAGGGCACUUUUUUUGUGAAUCUUGUGUACCUAAAAAGAAAAAAAUGAAGUAUUUACAGACAAAUGAUUUACCAGUUAAUGUAAGCUGAAAAUCUCUUUCCCAGUCUUAAAGUAUUUUACAAGUAUUGGUCCUCAUCUUUCUACCUGCUUAAGAUAGUGUCACUGUUUCAUCACUUUUUUACUUUUGACCAGCAUGUUAAAUGUUGCAUAAACUGAGAAUUUGUAGUUGUAAUAGUCAGUAAAGAGAAUCUACAAGAUUAUUGGCACUGCAGAAAAGCCAGACAUUAAUUUGAUAUUGUGUAGGUAUGAUUUUGUUGUGGAUGGAUAGUGUAUCUUUGCUAUGUAAUGAACAUGAAUUAAAAAAAAUACAUUUAGUACUCCACCUGGCUGUGGCAGAGAUGCAUUUGCUUACAUGCCUAUAUAAAAACAAGUGUGUGUGUGUGUCUAUUUAUAUAUUAUAUAUGUGCAUAUAACGAAGUAAUUAUUUUUAAAGUACCACAUUGUUGUGUUAUAAUUACAGGCUGGAUUCUGCUACUUCUGAGUAACAAUGUUUUUAAUUCCCUUGAUGUUUACAAAAAAUCUAGUUGCUUAUGUAUGACUACUUUCAUGGAAAAUAAAUAAAUGCCCCCAAAGUGGGAUUCAAAA